UUAUACUGUCAUCUAUUUUUCUAACUUUUAUAAUUAUUCACUGAAGUCUUAUAACAAAGAGGAUCAGAGAGGCUUCACAUGAACCCAGUGACUGCUGAUCUGGGAUUAAACUCAUCCUGCGUGCAUGGAGGCCUGGGCCUUUAUUCCCAGCCACAUAUCUCUGUCCUAGCUCCCAUGGGCAUCCUGGUUCUUGCCCUUCAGGCUCUACCUGCAGGACACUGACAUUCUUGUUAUGUCACCACUUGGUCACAGUUGGGCUGAGAGCGGAGCACAGCCCAGCCUGCCAGUUCCCUGGUGCAGCUCUGCCAGCUUAGCCCAGAGUGGCCCCAUGCAGCCACACAUGCACCAUGAGGUAUCCACUUGUGCCUCUGCUGAAUGACCUCACAACAUAUCCUGUCCUGAUUUUCUGUCUGUGCCUAUCUGUGGGCUUGCUGUUGUUCUUGUUGAUCACCUGGAAAAGGCAACUAGUGACACAACAUUCAGAGGAAAGUGCUCCAGAUUUGUGCUUCAACUGGGAUCCCUGGAGCAAAGGCUCAGCCGACCUUUGCUGGGAGGGGACACUUCAUGGGCAAGAGGAAGAAAGGCUGUCCUGGUGACCUGUUGUGCCAGAUUCAGAUGAUGCAGCUUCAGAUUGUGGCACUGAUGUCUGCAGGAGACAGGUAUAAACUCAGAGCAAGGCCUGAGGAAUGCAGAGAGGAGAUAUCUGAUGGUCUUUGGAUUUGUCAUCCACCUCCACACCUGCUGUCACCUCACAUCUCCCAGGCGUACCCUUAUCUUCUAUCCUGCACCCUGAGACCACAGGCCUGGAAUCCCACAUGCACAUCCAUUAGCUGCCCACCCCUUUGAGCUUGAUUGGCAUCAUGUGGAAAAUGGGGCCAAUCCGUCUUGUUCAUCUCCUGAAGCUGCCAUAACAAAGUUUAUGAGCUGAGUGGUUGAGAAUGAGAGAAACACUGUCUCAGAAUGAUGGAACCCAGGAGUCUGUGUCAAGGCGCCUGCAGGGCUGUGCUCCCUCUGAAAUCUGUCCUUGACUCUUCCAACUCGUUUCAGCUCCAACCUUGACCCUUGAGCCAAUCAGCAAGUCCAAGUUUGGACCAGUCUCAGGCCUGAUGCUGCUAUAUAAGCAGCACUACUCUCACACACUUGGUCUAGAACUGCUCCCUCUGGUGUACUGAUCCCCUUGUGCUGCAGCACAGUCCCUGUUCAAAUAAAGCCUCACUCCAGUGA